AUGAUGGCGGUGCGUGAACGCGCAGUAAAAGUAAUGGCUGCUCUGGAUCGGCGGGUGCCUAGCCUCGAUGAUUUCGUGGGUCAAAGCUGGACUGCCUGGGCCGAGUGGGCCGGUGUGACAGCGGCGGACGGGCCUGAUGGGGACGACUGCAGCAAGAAUGGCAAAAAGGCUGCAGAGGCCAUGUCACUCAGUAAGGAGGACAUGUCCAUCUUUGGCCUCUACCCCGGCCAUGACGACUUCUACCUGGUGGUGUGCAGCCAUUGUGGCCAAGUAGUGAAGCCGCAGGCAUUUGAAAAGCACUGCGAGCGACGACACGGCCCUCUGGCCAAACUAUAUGCCCGACUACGCUCCCCCACCCCUGCACCCCAACCACAGCAGAGGCCCCACCACGGACAUUCUCCUUCACAUGGGACCAAUGCUUCUGCUUCAUCCUGGGAAGGUCGUGGCCAGGGGGUCGGGCAGCUACGGGCGGCCCCACCAUCGCCUUCCACUCCACCUCAGUACAGACACUCCAAGACCUCCAAGGAUGGAGUACGACAUUCCCCGCUGGAAAAGUCCACCCACAGCAGCCACACAGAGUCCUCAGUAUUCAAGCAGCCGCCGCCUCUGGAGCCUCCAAUCAGUUCUCCACCUCCAUCACUCAGAGAUCCGCCCUGGCCGCACGGAGGCACCCCGCCUGCUCGGCCCUCACCCAAUGACAGGCCCGCCACCCAGAGCCAGAGGAAGGACUCCCCUAUGGCCUCUCCAGUGCCAGGCCACCGCAUCCCCAGACCCUACAACAAAGUGGCCUCCAAGAGGGAAUGUGACUUGGACAAACACUGCGGUGUCCUUGACCCUGACAGGAAGAAGGUCUGCACCCGCCUACUGACAUGCAAUAUCCACUCCAUCCACCAGCGAAGGAAAGUGGUGGGCCGCAGCAAGAACUUUGACCAGCUAGUGGCAGAAUUGAAGACCAAGGUUCGAGAGAAAGGGGCCCAGUCCCUUGAAGGAGGCUCCUCCACUGGACGAUCCCCCAGCCCAGAGGCCCCCAGACAGGAGCCGACUGGGGCUCCACACUGCAGGAGGCCUCUGGCCAGCCUCCCUGCUUUCAGUCGGCCUGCAGCUGUGUCAGAGAGCAACACAGAGGAGGAGAAACAGCGUCAGGAUGAGGGGAGUCUCCGAGCCCCCUCACCUCUUGUCCAUGGACGAAUCUCCAGUGAUGAAAGUGAGGCAGAAGGACCAGAGGAGCUGGUUGAGUUCCCAUCUUCUGCUGCACAUCCCAGACCACUAGCGGUAUGUUCAUUUGGCAGCCAUGCACUGGGCCACGGCAUCUACACGUUUGACAGGAGACUUCAUCACUUGAGGUCAGCUCUCAGCAGCAUGUUGGAGCAGCACAUCAGCGCCCAUCUUUGGAAAAGAAAUUGCAGUAAUGCACAACACGGUGUCGAGAUGAGCGAAAAUGAUGAACGUUGCAAAGGGAAAAUACCUCAAGCCACAGACCUUCAAUCUCCACCCUGCUCAGCCAAGACCAUCACUUCCUCUUCGCCCUCCUCCAUAGCUGCCACUUCCUCCUCUUCAUUACAUUCUAAGGUCCGCACAGGAAGUCAUAUCAGCUCUUCCCUCAAAACUGCAUCCUCUUCCUCCUCUUCUAGUCGUGGUCCAGGGAGACCUUCAGCAGCUAUACAAUCAGAGAACUCUGGGGGCAGUGGAGGCAGCAUCAGUGGGGGCCACCUGGUGUCUCCAGGUAAGCCUGUGGCAGCGCGUCAGUUGGGACCCGGGCGACCCAAGAACCCUGUUGGGCGUCCCAGCAAGCAGAUGCUGAAGCUGCGAGAGGAAGCCGCUGCUGCUGCAGCCCUCCGCAAACGUAAAGCCCCGUCCCAGGAAGGGGAGCACUCAGGCCCCGACAGGAACUGCAUCAUCCUGCAGGACCGGGGCCGGCCACCUUCUGCUGCCUCUUCCUCCUCCUCCUCCUCUACAUCUUCUUCUAAACCCCCCAUUUCCUCGCCUCUCCUACAUGGACAGACCAAUGGCACGCUUUCACCUAGCAGUAAACCACGGCCCCAGCCAUCCCCCUCAGAGUCUCAUUCCCCUGCAGCCAAGGCAGUCUGGACCUACAGACGGACACAUACUCCUCUGGGCCAUCCAUCACCCCCAGAUCCCUCCUCCGCCACUAACAAUUCCCAUAGCAGGGGUUGCGGGGGUGACUCAGGACUGCACGGGCAGGGCAGCGGGAGGAGCUUUGAGCACCAGGUGCUUAUGAAGAAACGCAAGGGGGGUGGCAUGGAGGAGCAUUCACCAUCCUCCAAACCCUCAACGCACCGCCUGCCCUCCUCCUCUUCCAGCUCUGCCACCACCUCCUCCUCGUCCUCCUCUCCACGCUCUAACUAUUACCCCUGGAAGGAAAGCAAAGGCGGGGGGCUGGCUGGGGCAGUGGAGAAGAAAAUGGGCACACAGAAGCCAAAACUGCACCAUUAAGUGUGCCUGCCUUACAAGCCACCAUGAGGGAGCCAGCUCUGCUCAGUCCAAGACUGAGGCAACAGGACUAUGUGUGUAUGUGCGUGAGUGAGUGAGUGAGUGAGUGUGUGUGUGUGUGUGUGCGUGCGCUUUAAGUGCAGUAUGAAUGUCUUGGUGUGUGUGAAUCACAGCUGGGUGUGUCAGUCUGUGUGUGAAUGUCUGAGGGUGAACUGGGAGUGGGAGGGUGGGAUGAAAAUCAGAUUAUGGAUUUAGAAAUACCUCAAGACCAUCUGGUUAUGCUGCUAAAUUAAAUAUGUUGGUUUAUAAAAUGGAUUAAAAUGUCCUUUACA